CCAGUGGAGUCCUUGUGGAUUGGAGGUGGAAAUAAUGAAGAUCAUCCAAACAGCUUCCAGUUUCUUAAAACCCUUCCAUUUUUCUUCCCCUAUCACCACUCGCAAUGGAAUUACAUCACUCUCUCCAACCUCCAUUAACACUACUCCUCGCAGACUCCUCGCCGCCUCCUGCUCCCUUCUCGACGAUGGUGUCUCAGGUUCUGCAGUUAAAGCUUUGGAGAUUGAUCCCAUGUUAGCUGUCAAGAAGAAGGCAAUAGAUAUAUCCCCUGGAUUGAAAGGAACUUCCAUAUAUCUUGUUGGUAUGAACAGCACUAUGAAAACAAGAUUGGGGGAACUUCUGGCAGAUGCGCUCCGAUAUUGCUAUUUCGAUAGUGAUCAUUUGGUUGUGCAAGCCGCUGGUGGUGAAGCUGCAGCAAAAGAACUUCUAGACGUGGAUGAAGUUGGAUUCCGUGAAUCAGAGACUGAAGUGUUGAGGCAAUUAUCGUCAAUGGGGCGCCUGGUUGUUUCUGCCGGAGAUGGGGCUGUUCGGAACUCAACCAACUUGUCACUUUUGAGACAUGGUAUCUCGAUCUGGGUAGAUGUUCCUUUGGAUAUGGUAGCCAAGGAAAUAGUCGAAGAUGGGGCUCGAUUUAUUGGAUCAGAGAUUUCAUCGUCUGCAUCUCAUUCUGAGGUGCGAAGUCGGCUAGCCAUGCUAUACGAGGAAUUGCAAGGAGGAUAUGCAGUAGCAGAUGCAACCAUUUCCCUCCAGAAAGUUGCUGGUCAGUUGGGUUACGAUGAUAUAGGAACUGUUAGCACGGGAGACAUGGGCUUGGAGGUGUUAUCGGAAUUAGAAAAACUUAUGAGGGUAAAGAAGAUGAUGGAAGAAGCUGCCAGGCCAUUUUAGGGUGUCUUUUAUGCAGCAAGGCUUCUUGUGUAUGUAUUUGGUUGGAAUACUGCUGAUGAGUACAUAGCAUGUGCCCAUCUCUGAUUAUGUUCUCUUUCAACUGUUUCAAGUAUAUAAAUUUGGCCUUUUUUCCAC